AUGAGGCCAGCUUUUCAUUGCCAAUCAGCGGGGCCGGAUUCGAAGCCCGCGGUGAAGCCAGAUGAACCGCGCCAAACUCUAGAGGGCGCCGAUCAUGAUGGCAUCACUACGGAUAGUCCCUCUCCAAGUUAUAGCGUGAAGAUUGAGAGCCCGGGUUCUAGUGCUACUUUAGCUCAGUACGACGGAACGAUCGGCUCUUCUCUAACCCCUUCGGAGCCGCUGCCGUAUAGUACCGGGGUGGAUCGGCCGGAUACAACUGCUAGCCGCCGCAAUUCAAUUUCAUCAUUACCAUAUAGAACCCUAGCCACGGCAAAGCACGAGGGAAAAUGCGCAACUGACGAUGGAAGCUGUUCACCAGGACCUUUGGCCGUUGCCGUUCGCCCGGGAGGACCGGUACGGUACAACAAAACCCCAACGCGCCACCAUCUCCAACCAGAGAUAUGGGAACUAUAUAAGGAGGAGAUACAUGAACUCUAUAUCGAAGAAAAUAAGUCAUUAAAUGAACUAAUGGAUAUAAUGCAAGCGAAAGGCUUUAAAGCAACUCCUCGUAUGUAUAAGGCCAAGUUUGCACAAUGGGGGUUCGUUAAGAAUAACAAGAAGAAGGAUGUGGCGAUGAUGUUGCGAUUACAACGCGAGCGCGGCGCUGUGGGCAAACCUACUGCUUUCCGUCGCCACGGAAGGUCGGUUGAUAUUGAAACUUACAUGAGGCGAAAAGGCAUUUCAAGCUUCGAACUUGUAACACCACCCGUCGCCGGCGUCGACCUGCCCGAAUAUCUACGAGCGCUUACGCCUCCACCGGCCGAACCCCAGCACAUGGUUUUACCGUCUCACCUUCACGCCCAGGAAGUCCUCGUCUCGUGUUUCAAGGACCUUACCCUGGGUUGGCGAGACUCGUUAGAAUCGCCUGCGGCCUUCGAGAAAGAUUUCAACGCUUAUUUCGAUGGCGAAUUAUGCGAGGCUACUAGAGACUUCAGCAGGGCUUGCUGGUUCUUCUCGAGGAAUCAUAAUCCUCUAGGUGCUCUGCUUGGUCAGCGCGCCUUUAACUCGUUGCAUUUACUCAUUAAGGCACCCUCUGCCCUUGGUCUGUUUGACUUGCUAAUAGCUAGUGUGAUAUCUCCUGAUUAUGGGCUGGCGAAGGAACUAUGGAGGUACUUAGCUGGAUACGCAGAGGCUGUGUUGGGACCAUCGAGUACCUUCUGCCGAUUAUUUACUGCAAUACAUGAUGUGUUCCGUAAUAAUACGUUGGAAACGGGUGUGGAUUUCAUCUUCAGCUGUAUGGAGAGCAUACUAGACAUGCUACUCGAGACAGAUGAUUUCUCGCAGACUAUCGCACCCUCUAUCAGCUUUUUUCUGCUAGGGGACUUGCUUCUUUUCAACUCGACAAGAACUAACUUGCCAUCCCUUCGGAAAGCAGUAGCAUCAGCAUCGGCAAUAUUCGAGUCCCAUGGCAGGUCCCAUUCGCCAGACUUAAUGAUGCUCAUCGAACCAGCGGCGUACCUUUGGCAAAAGGGACCCCUCGACGAGCGUUCGGUUAAAUUGGCCCGCGUUGCACUUCGAAUCGACGUAUCAAAUCGGUACGACUGGACGAGCUGGGUAGCGUGGCGCGUCAUUGCUCAAUUCCAUAGGAGCCGAUGCGGCGUGGAUAACUCUGCGGUAAAAGAUCAUCCACGACACGCGCUGGCCCGAUACGCUUUAGAAAGAGCUAUCGACACCGCUCAGGCUGGACGUGGACGUGGCUUUGGCGAUUCGCAGGUAUUUGAAAACAUGCAGUUGCUAGAAACUUGGCAUCGCGAGGCCGGGGAUACGGCACAGGAACUAGUAGUACGACGCCGACGAGAGAAGGCUUUGCAGGAUUACCUAGAAUCUCUGCAGCGAAGUCGUGGAAUAGAGAUGCCCAAUACUCCGACUUCGCAAUGA